AUGAUCUAUGACCUCAAGUCGAUGAGACUGCCCGCCGCGACGGCUUACAGGCAGCCGUCGGGCAAUGGAGCCAGUGCGGCCUCAUCUACAGGCUACUCACCCUUGCCGAGCUUCUUCAGCCGCGCGAACCUAUCUGCCUCGAACGGAUCCGACGAGCCUGCUUUCGAUGCCUACGACAAACACUAUAGACGUCAGGCAUCAUCUGGUCUCUUCUCCAUGCCACCAGGCUGGACAUGGGCACGGCUACUGAGGUGGACAGUCGGCUUGGCAGCCUUGAUCGCCUUCAUCUUCUGGUGGUUCUUCGAGCUCCAUAUAGAGAUUGCCCUCUAUUCGCGUGGCUGGGUGCGGUCAGCGAUCGUCGACCUCCAUCCACUCUCGAGCAAUUGCUUCACUCUCGCCAACGUCCAAGGCAGCGCCUACAAUCAGACCAUAGCAUCAGCGCCAAAAUAUCACGAGUUACAAGCAGGCCUGGCCAUGCGAUAUGGAUCAGAUUGCUACGACUUUGCAGGCACGAUAGCCUCUGAACCUCUACCAGGUCAGAUCUUGCCCGAGCAGACAAUCUAUCAUACCUACUGGCGCGGUGAUCUGCGGCCGCUGGGCGAGCGGCAGAUCUUGCUCCUGCUGUCAAUUCUAGAGACGCAGAGUCAGGACCAUUCGACGCUCAUACUCUGGAGCAAUACGCCUCAGACUUUCGAGAGCUCACUCCUUACGCCCCUCAUGCGCAAGUACAGCCACAGACUAGAUACUCGUGUGAUAGAUCACGAGUCCCUAGCCAGAGGGACGCCCAUGCAGGGCUCGUCACUCCUCGGUGAAGCCAAAGAUGCGAAAGCAUGGCUAGAUGGCGAUCUCGUCAGAGUCCUCGUGCUUUACCGGUUCGGUGGCGUCUGGGUCGACAUGGACAUGCUCAUGACGCGAGACCUACGGCCGCUUCUAGAGUCUGAAUGGGUCACACAGUGGGAUUGUUACGGCAAGUCUUGCGUUGCCCAAGCGCCCCAUGGAGCUGAGGACUGUGACGCUGCUGCAGAGAAGCCAUACCAGCCUCUGAACGGCGCAGUGAUGCAUUUCCUCCAGCAGAGUCCUUACCUAUGUGAGAUGCUUCACAUCAUGGCCAACGACGUGCCGCCACGGGCUGCCUCGACUGAUUGGGGUUCUCUCAUGUAUCACAAACUCUGGCGGAGGCUGGUCGCGAACAACCAUCGGCCGUUCAAGAUCCUACCGUUCUGCUUUACCGACGGCAGGAGCUGUCGUCUCGACAAUCGCCUGCCGGAUCCCUUUGCUUCCGAUCCGCCCUACACAGACUCCCAGUGGACAGAGCUGGCCAGGCGCCUUGAUCGCGUCUUUGGCGUGCAUCUGCAUAAUCAGUGGGAGAAAGACUUUCCCCUGCGCGGCUGGGUCAGACGCCUCAUCACCGAUUCUAUCCAGACACGGGCUGGCACCGAUCUCUAG